AGGCCGGGCCGGGCGGCAGGAGCCGGGCCUCUGCCGGGAGAGGCGGCCGAGGGCGGUCUUCUUGGGCCCGCGGCCGGACGAGGGGCGGUGGGAGGGGAAGGUGGUCCGCGCUGUGGCCAUGUCUGUGUCCGCAGGGUGUCGUGGCUCCGCGAACCUGCGCCUUCAGUCCAGGCUCGGCCAGAUACCAGUGCCCUCCCGGGGGUCCGGCAGAGGGCAGUGACCGGCAAUCUCUGUGCGUCCUGGAUCCCCCGGAGAAACAGGAGCGCCCAAGGCAUGGCUGCCGACAUGCAGAGGAAGAGGAGCAGCGAAGGCCCCGAGGGCACGUUGGCACCUUUGGACGGGCCGAGUGUGGAGAGAGCAGAGAGCCCCACGCCGGGGCUGGCCCAGGGCAUGGAGCCAGGUGCUGGGCAGGAGGGCGCCAUGUUUGUCCAUGCCCGUUCCUACGAGGACCUGACUGAGUCGGAAGAUGGGGCGGAUCCCGGAGAGAGUCCCAAAGAGGGUGCUGGGGGCCCGCCACCGCUGCCUGCAGACAUGCGCCAGAUCAGCCAGGACUUCAGUGAGCUGAGUACCCAGCUGACAGGUGUGGCCCGUGACCUCCAGGAGGAGAUGCUGCCGGGAAGCUCUGAGGACUGGGCAGAGCCCCCCAGGGCAGCUGGGAGACCAGCCGCCGAGCCCCCCAGGGAGGGCGCAGGCGAGGGGGAUGAGGAGGAGGCUGUCGAGGCCUGGCGACUGCACCAGAAGCAUGUCUUCGUGCUGAGCGAGGCAGGGAAGCCUGUGUACUCCCGCUACGGGUCAGAGGAGGCACUUUCCAGCACCAUGGGUGUCAUGGUGGCCCUGGUGUCCUUCCUGGAGGCUGACAAGAACGCCAUCCGUUCCAUCCAUGCAGAUGGCUACAAGGUAGUAUUUGUACGCCGGAGCCCCCUGGUGCUGGUGGCAGUGGCCCGCACGCGGCAGUCAGCGCAGGAACUGGCACAGGAGCUGCUCUACAUCUACUACCAGAUCCUGAGCCUCCUUACAGGCGCGCAGCUGAGCCACAUAUUCCAGCAGAAGCAAAACUACGACCUGCGGCGCCUGCUCUCGGGCUCCGAGCGCAUCACCGACAACCUGCUGCAGCUCAUGGCGCGAGACCCCAGCUUCCUAAUGGGGGCUGCGCGCUGCCUGCCCCUGGCGGCUGCCGUGCGCGACGCCGUGAGUGCCAGCUUGCAGCAGGCGCGUGCACGCAGCCUUGUCUUCUCCAUCCUGCUGGCGCGCAACCAGCUCGUGGCACUCGUGCGCCGCAAGGACCAAUUCCUGCACCCCAUCGACCUGCACUUGCUCUUCAACCUCAUAAGUUCUUCCUCGUCCUUCCGCGAAGGCGAGGCCUGGACGCCUGUGUGCCUGCCCAAAUUCAACGCAGCCGGCUUCUUCCACGCGCACAUCUCCUAUCUGGAACCUGACACCGAUCUCUGCCUGCUGCUCAUCUCCACCGACCGCGAGGACUUCUUUGCAGUCUCUGACUGCCGCCGCCGCUUUCAGGAGCGCCUGCGGAAGCGCGGAGCCCACAUGGCGCUGCGGGAGGCACUGCGCACCCCCUACUACAGUGUUGCCCAAGUGGGCAUCCCUGACCUGCGCCAUUUCCUCUAUAAGUCAAAGAGCUCGGGACUCUUCACCAGCCCCGAGAUCGAGGCCCCGUACACCAGCGAGGAGGAGCAGGAGCGGCUCCUGGGCCUCUACCAGUACCUGCACAGCCGGGCCCACAACGCCUCCCGCCCACUCAAGACCAUCUACUACACAGGCCCCAACGAGAACCUCCUGGCCUGGGUGACAGGUGCCUUUGAGCUCUACAUGUGCUACAGCCCCCUGGGGACCAAGGCGUCCGCCGUCAGCGCCAUCCAUAAGCUGAUGCGCUGGAUCCGCAAAGAAGAAGACCGCCUCUUCAUCCUGACGCCCCUCACGUAUUGAUGGGAAUGUGUGGGCUCCGCCCUCCCGAGCCCGAAGCCAAGGGAGCCCCCGGGCGGGGCUGGCCUCUCUGGCCCGGCAGCAGGCAGGGACUGCGGGUUGAUGCGUGCAUUAAAGUGCUUU